GUCUGGAUGAGGACGCAGAGAAACGGAGCGCAGCCUCAUUUCUGCGGAUUUUCUGAUCCUGCUAAAGAACCUGCACCUGGAUCCGGAUCGAUCCUGAAGACUGGAGUCCGGACCGAGCCGAGCCGAGCCGAACCCAGCCGACCCGAACCGAACUGGACCAGAACAGACCGGGAAUAUAAAGACAGACAGGCUGCUUCAUCCUGCAGAGCGGAGUCAUCCUCCCCGAGGAGGAUAAUCUGACCCAGGAUCAGUGAUGUUGUCUUCAGUGUGACGUGGAUCCAACAUGACCGCCGUGUGGAGAUUAACAGUGUGUGUGUGCGUCCUGCUGCUGUCUGCUGCGAACGGUUUCCAGUCGGAGGACAUUGAAUGUGCCUUCACUGACACCCUGCAGGGGGCGGAGCCUCAUGACGGACCCGCCAAUGAGCUGCGAGGAGUGGUGCGAGAAAACGGCACGGUUCGCUGCAUCCGUGGCUCCCGCUGCUAUGGAUUGUGGGAAAAGAGACCAGACGGGGAAACACACCUGGUCAAACAAGGUUGCUGGACUUACACCGGCAGCCAGCAGGAGUGUCGUGGCGACCGUUGCCUGGUAACAGCGACGCCGUCUCAGAUCCAGAACGGCAGCUACCGCUUCUGCUGCUGCAGCCAAAACCUCUGCAACGCCAACUUCACCGAGCCCCCGCCCACCGCAGACACCCCCGCCCUGAGGCCGAUGAAGACAGAUGGGCGGGACGACGGACAGACAGCUCACCCGGCGCUGCGGCGGGAGGAGACGGUGCUCAUCGCCCUGGUAACCGUCGCCAUAGCAGCCAUUGUCAUCAUAGCGUUGUUCCUGGGAUACCGCAUGAUGAGAGGGAAGAAGCAGAAACACAGUCUGUCAGCUCUGGAUGUUUUGGAGGCAGCAAACACAGACACUGCUGUCGACCUGGAUAACCUGAAACUACUGGAGCUGAUUGGUCGGGGUCGUUACGGCACGGUGUUUCGCGGCUGCCUUAACGAGCGCUGCGUUGCUGUCAAACUCUUCAGCUCGGCCAACCGGCAGAACUACGCCAACGAGCGCUCCAUCUACUGUCUGCCACUGCUGCAGCAACACGACAACAUCGCCCGCUUCCUGACCGCCGACGAGAGGACAACGGCGGACGGACGACCCGAGUUCCUGAUCCUGAUGGAGUUCUACCCUCAUGGCUGCCUGUCUCGCUACCUGUCGCUCCACACAGUGGACUGGUCUACCUGCUGCAGGAUGACUCACGGUGUCACCAGAGGACUCGCCUUCCUGCACACUGAACUGUACAGAGGAGACCAGUAUAAACCAGCGGUGGCCCACAGAGACGUGACCAGCAGGAACGUUUUGGUCCGAGCUGAUCUGUCCUGCGUCCUCGCCGACUUCGGUCUGUCCAUGAGGCUGACAGGAAGCCGGCCCUGUUGCCCUGGAGACGACGACACCAUGGCCAUAUCUGAGGUGGGCACGGUGCGGUACAUGGCUCCAGAGGUUCUGGGUGGAGCUCUGAACCUCAGGGACUGUGAGUCGGCGCUGAAGCAGGUGGAUGUUUACUCUCUGGGUCUGCUCUACUGGGAGAGCUUCAGGAGGUGCUCACACCUGUUCCCAGAUGAAGCAGUGCCGGAGUUCCAGUUGGCGUUCCAGGCGGAGUUGGGGAAUCACCCGAGCUUCGAGGACAUGCAGAUACUCGUCGCCAGAGAGAAAUUCAGACCCAGAUUCCCUGAAGCCUGGAAAGAGAACAGUCUGGUGUUGCGUUCGCUGAAGGAGACGAUGGAGGACUGCUGGGACCAGGACGCUGAAGCUCGACUAACCGCUCAGUGUGCAGAGGAGAGACUGUCUGAACUCACACUGCUGAGUUCACACACUGCGGUACACAACCACAGGAACCUGUCUCACGGUUGCUGGCCUCCUCAGGCUGCCUCCACCUCCUCCUACAUUGAGGAUCUGCAGGUGGGCGUGGUCAAAAACCUCCAGGGAGAUGGCCACCCAGUAUUGGUCGUCAAGACGACCACGAGCGGAGCUGAAGGUGCAGAAAAGAAUAGAAACUCCAUCAACUAUGAACGGCAGCAGGCACAGAGUCAGGCUCGAUCGUCCAGUUCAGACAGCAGCGUGUCGACCGCCCGGACAUCGGCCACCGUCCUCUGCAGCAUCUCUGAGUCUGAACACAGUGGCGCUGUGCCCAGGGUCCCGGUUCGCCUGCAGCUGACAGAAGAAGACCUGGAGGCCACCAAACUCGACCCCAAAGAGGUCGAUAAGAACUUGAGGGAAAGUUCUGAUGAAAUCUUGAUGGAACAUUCACAGAAACAGUUUGGUACCACAGAGCAACAAACUACCAACCUGCUGUACCAUCAGAUACUUCACACUGCUGAGGCCAGUAAUUCGGCGUGGACUCCUCAGGGUGAACUGGGGGCUGUUGGUGGGGUCGAUAUCCCUCCUUCCUCCUCCAUCCACCCUCUCCCCAAACAGCAGAACUUGCCCCAGAGGCCAACCAGCCUCCACCUUCUCCCCAAAACCAAGGAGACCACCUCAGCCUCUUCUCGACUUAAGCUGGGAAAGCUCAAGUCAAACCACAGACAGGUGGAAACAGGUGUUGCUAAAAUGAACACGGUAACAGUCGCCACGGCUGUAGAGCCCCACCUGGUAACCACGGUGACUAACAACCCCAGCAUGAGAGGUGGUGUCGCAACUGGGAACCGAGUCCAGCCGUUAAUGGUGGUCGCCAAUGGCUACAGCGCAGGUGUCCCCACCCUGGUGACAAAUGGUAUUGUGGGCGGAGGUCGAACCAAUCCAGCAGGGCCGCAGCUGGAAGAGGAGGACAAGAUGGCGGGAGGGAUAAUGGGAGGAGAGGAAAAUUGUAUGAACCUGCUCAACCCCAGCCCGGAUGAACAUGAACCACUGCUGAGCAGAGAACAACCGCCUGCUGAGAGCACACCCCUUCCUCAUCUGCAUCAUCAUCAUCAGCCACGACCUGGAAACAUCCUGUCGGGACGAGGCUCAAACUCCAACAACAACAACAACAGGAUAGCGUUGGGAUCUGAUGUCAAGAUCCAGAAUGGUUCAGAGGUCAGUCGGGGAGGAGGCACUAAACCUGAGCCACCCCUGGCAAGUCAGCAGAUCGGUGGAUCCCCUUCUACUGGUCCAGUUUCAAAUCUGGAAAAUAAAAUUCUGCUUUCUGGUCCAGCAGGAAGUACUACAACCAGCCAACCAGUAUUGACCCCUCAAUCCACCAGAAGCCCAAAGGCUCAUCUGGUUCAUUCUACUGCCACUGCAAACCCAUCUUCACAAGCACAAGAACCCGCCACUAAAACCUCAACCUUGUCUUCAAAAGAUGGCCUUACCGUUGCUCCAGAAAUUCAAGAUUCAGAUACAGAAGCUCCAGAGCCAGAAGCUCCAUUCAUGAAUCAAGAAGCUUCAUCUUUAAACGUUCCAUCCUCAGAAACAACAGCUCUUGCAGAAGCUUCAGCUAUAAAAAGUCCAACCUUAGAUCCACAAACUCUGGGUCUGUUGCGGCCCCAGAUGGGACAGGCCAAAGCCAAGAGGCCUGAGCGUCCUUGUUCCCUGGACCUGUCUUCAUCCUGCAUCUCCUCAGAUGAUGUUUCUGUGACAGAAAACGGCAGUUUGAGCGCUUCAGGAGAGAAAAUAAAACGUCGUGUCAAGACUCCGUACACCCUGAAAAAAUGGCGUCCAGCUUCAUGGGUUGUUUCCACGGACACUGCCCUGGACCCGGACUUCGAGUUCAACUAUUGUGGUAGCAGCAGCAGCCAGAACCAUUUUUCUUCUGGUCCUCACAGAGCUGGAAGCAUUGGCAUGCCCAAAAUCAAUCAAUCAAAAUCCAGCAUGGCUGUGUUUUGGGUCGGAGGUGGAGCCACGGCGACCACGACCUCCGAGCCGGAUGGAAUGACCUGCUUCUAGUUUGUUUCUUAAAGAAGAGCGGAUUAAAUUUUCACUUCUUUGUCUUCCUUCUCUUCUGUUGUGAAAAUGGAUUACUGUCUGCCGCACCAUUCAGCACUAAACUGGACUUAACGCUAAAGGAAGUGACCCACAAUGCAAUGCUCCCAAGCUUAAAACUACAGGUAACUGUAGAAAGAAAUUUCAAAAACAUUGUGUUGGGGUUUGGAUUUCUUGUUGCAUCUACAUUUUUUGAUUCAGCUGGACACUUUUUGAAGGAUUGUGCUGAUUGGCCCAAUUUGACCAUCAACUUUGAUCCUGCCUGUGUAGCGCAAAUGCCCAAAAAAUGUUUGCAUGGGUGGUGAAGUGAGGGGACUCCUAACUUCUAGAUGAUUGGCUCCUGUUGUGAUUAGCCUUGUGGUUGGUGGGUGUGGUUAGUCAGUGUAUUCAGUUGCUACUGGGCGUAAAAAUCUCUAGUGCUUUUCCAAGAACAGAUUGGAUCUGGUUUGCGCACCUAGUUUUGAAAUGUUCUCAGCAUUUCGGCCAAAAUUAAAAUGGUUCGGAACCUGAAAGGUCGGUUCCCAGGUGGAACCAAAAAAUAUCAGAUUUUCCUUGGGAACUAAAGUGGGUGUGUCAUAUACUACAGGUCGCUUACAGUGGGACCACUGAAAACUGGUGGGAACAUAGGUUGAUUCGGUAGCACCAAGAUUCCAAGAGUCUUGAAUGGAAGCGGUUUAAGAACAAAUGCUAAUUUGGUGGAGAAACACUUGUGAUUUAGUGAUUUAGUUUGUUCCUAGUUGACUUUCUCCUGUGGCUGGUGAAGUGAGGGGAGUCCUUUACUUCUUGACGGCUCCUGUUAGGGUUAGGGGUUAGUUAGCGACUAGUCUUGUGGCUUAUGGACAUGGCCAGUUGCUUGUGAAUAUGGCCUUCAUCCUACUUAAUACCUACCUGAAAUUAACCAAGACUUUAAAAUCUUUUUAAAGGCAUACUACGUGGGAUUUCCCUAAAAAACAAAGUAUAGACUCAUACAAACAUCAGUCAUCACUACCACACACUAGAAAUACUCACCAGUACUGAGUACCGACACUUCCGAGUUCGAUCUACAUGAAUACCACCGGCAUUGCACCCACCCUACUCUGCCUCUGAUUGGCACGUUUGUUGGUUUGGUUGGUCAGGUUUAGGCAAGACGAGUGAGACGGUUAGACUUAGAAAAACCUGUUGGGAUCAGAGACAAUCAGAGGCAGGGCAAACCACUAACUCUAACUUCGCUCUAUAUAAACACAUAGCUAGCUUAACGCUAAGAAAACUGCGUGGAAAAUGGAGAAGGGGCCAACUUUUAAUGGUGAAUUUACGAACAGCAGUGGACAAAUCCUGCGUGGUAUGCUUUUAAAUUAAUAGUGACGUUAAGGAAGAUCCUUUCUGGAUAUUUGCUGUAGAUAUAGAAACGUCGAUAUCAAGUUUUGGAUUUGAUGUCCGUCUGCACAGUCGCCAUAUUGGAGUGGUCAAGACCCGCUAGGUAACAAUACUGAAAAAUUCAGACUGAACUAUAUAAUCGACUGUAACUAGCUUCAUUCUGAACAGAUUUUCAUGAAAUAUUUUUAAAAAGUGAAAAAAAAAUUGGUUACUGGUUGGAAUUAAUUCAGUUACUGGGGCCGGAGCUAAUCAGCUCUAUGCCAAGAGUCAAGAGUAUUUGAAAAAAAAGGUAUUUGGACGUGCAAACAGGGGAAACAUUUAAAAGAGUCACUGCUAGUCAGAGCAGCACUUUGGCCAAAAUCCAGAAUGAAAAGUGUGUGUGUGUGAGCUGGAGCAUAUAAACAAGUAUCAACACAUGCUACAAAGUACUGUCUAACAGGAAACUGGCAAGAAGUGUUGUAAAAACAACUGAUUUUUAUGUUUUCCUGUUGACAAAUUUUACAUAAACAAAGCGGAUUUAUAACAAUGUUAUAGAUAAUUACAAAUUUUUAGAGGAACCAACAAAAGCUAAUAUUGUAAAUAAUUGACAUUGAUGUUUCCUGUUCAUAGAUCGGAGCCUGCAUGUCCUAGGGGAAGUUUUUCAGAAGUAAACUUUUUGCCAGUGAUGAUAACGAACCAAAUUUCAUGAAAAUCUGUUCAGAAUUAAGUUACAGUUGAUUUAUAAUGUAGUCUGAAUCUCUCAGUGUUAUUAACUAAUGGAUCUUGACCUCACCAAUAUGGCAACCGUGCAGACGUAUAGCGGCAGGCCAAUGAGGUGUCUACGUAUCUUUAUCUAUGGACAUUCUGGCUCCUGCUACGAUUCAGCUUGCGGCUCGUCCAGUGGCUAGUCAGUGUGACCAGAAAGGAUUGAGUUAUUAGUUUUUUAAUGCACUUUAAGCAAAGUUAGUGUUAUUUAGUGAAUUAACAAACCAUAUAAAAGAGACCUUGUGCAAUUUCAACAGUAACUGACAAUUACCUAGUAAAUAUUGAGUAAAUUCUUUGUGGUUUGUGUCUUUUUACAGUGUUUUGUCUGAUUUAAAGAGCAUUUUUUUGCUUUACUCUAGCUAUGCAGUCAGCUCAUGAUGCCUCCUCCUGUUGACUAUCAACAGAUUACUGCUGGAGGAUGUUUAUUCUUCUAAUUUGCACUUUCUUUUAUGAAGUAGUCUCAACUGCCUUGUGAGGUCUGCUGUGACCGCCAUGUUAGGGCUGGACGGGCAAAGGAGGUCCAAAAAGAAACAAGAACAUUUUGGAGAAAUUGCAGAGAUAAGCCACGUUCCUGACGAGUUCGUCAAACUGUCAGCCUUGUGACCUGCGUGAGCUUGGCCACGUACAACCUCCUCAGGAACCUUUAUGGCACUGAUGAAGAGCGCAGUGCGAUGACCCUCCGAGGAGGUCUCUCUCUCAGAAAAGCCUGGUGGGUGGGUGGCUUCACUACUCUUUUAGUUAUGUAAAAUGAACUUAUUUUUAGCUACAACUCACGUGUUCUCCCCGUCUUUGUCCAGCCUUAAGACGGGUUGUGAUAAAUUGGGGGCUCGUCCGGGUCCACUCACACUUUUCUUCUUACAAGAGGAAGAUGAUGAAAGGCGAGAGGAAGAUGAAGGAUCCAACGGGACAAAAUAGGCCUUCAAACAACUCCAAAGCUGUCUUAUUUACAUGUAUUGUGUUAGUCACCAACCCAUUGUACAGUGAGUGAGGAGUUCAUCACAUGGUACAAUCUAAAGGUCUCAGUAUGCGAUAGAAAAGCUUCUACAAUGUCUGAAAAUGUCUUAGAAAGUAACUGAAUUAAAGACGUUUGGACUUUAAACCUGCAGACAUCUACUCGCACAGUUGGUCCAUUAAAUUAAUCUUAUAUAAAAGAUCCACAGCACUUUAUUUAAACCACAGUAUAAACUGCUCCUUGUGUUAUAGACCCUAAAUAUGAGUUCUGUUUAUUUUAUGUUAAAAGUGGAUGCUUACAUUUUAUAUUUUUAUGUUAUUAUGUACUAAGUAUUUUCAGUUGGCACACACAUUUUUUUGGAAUAGUUUAGUGUGACAUUUAUAAACAAUAGAAGAUACACAAGAGGCUUCUUUUUUAUUUUUAUUCUUGUUUUUUAUAACAAAGCGACUGUCAGUUUAAAGCUACAUUCAUUUUUGUUUUUAAUGGCUGAUUCUGUAUGUGUGACAACAGCUCCUUUAUCUGUGCAACUACAAUAAGUUAUUAAUAUGUAUAUGCACUUUAGUUGUUGUUAUUUUGUUGUUUAUUGUCCUAAAUUUCAGAUUAGCUUUCUCGUAAAUUAAAUUAAAAAUAAUGUGGAUCCCUUCCUGAUCCAAAUCAACAUAUAAUAUGAUUUUCCUUUUAUUGAUAUUAAGAUGCUUUCUGAAAUGUAUUUCUGUUUUGUUAUUUUUGUAUUUUCUACUGUUUCUACUGUUUUUAGAGAUGCUAAUGUGUAUAUAUGGAUGUGUCCUGAGGAUUUUGGUUUUACAUUCAGUUUGUGAAGGCAGAUGUGUGAACUAGCCCAGAGCUAACUGUACAACCCGAAUACUCUAGUAGCAGGAUGCUAACUGUUUUUUGGAACUAAGGAUAACACAUAUAUAGUUUUAUUCAACAGAUAAUAAUUUCCCACACAAAGAACUUAGCCCUGGUUAUUUGCAAGCCCUGGUUGUUAACUAGCUCAAACCCUGAUAUCAGAACCUUUUUGUUAUUUUCCUCCAGUUUCUCGGAGUCACAGCUUUGGAAAUGUGUAGUUUUAAGCUGAAACAUUUUCAACUCAUAACUUGAGAUACAAUCACAUCUGAUCUUAAGUUUGCUUUGAGUCUGAGCACACAGUUAGCGUUCUGCUAACAGCCUCAGAGUGAAAAGGGUCAAAAUCAGUUCAUGGUGAUCUUUUAUAUCGGUGAUAAUGAACUGAAAAUGUGCCAGAAAGUGAAGCACACUGGUGGGUUAUCCCUUUAAAGUCAUUUACUGCAGCUUAUAGUUAUCAUACUGCUCAUGUGUUAACGUCCUGCAUGAAAUAUCUCCACUGAAACAUUAUUUCUGUUGUCUCUUUAGCUGUCAGACGCUCAUAAACUGUAGUUAGUUUUUUACUCUGCCUGAUCAUAUCCGAGUUACUGUAUAGUAUUUCCGACAGUACAGAUGCAGUACAGAUGCAGGAUGAGGAGUUUCUGCUACGACUAACAGUGUAUUAUUGUAGAUUAAAAAAAACAAAAUAUUUAACUCAAGUUUAACUGCUGUAUCGCUCUGGUUCCUGAUUAUUCUGGGAUAUUUGAAUUUCCCCGUCUGUUGUUGAAUAUAUUGUGUACCUCUUUGUGUAUUUAUGUAUGAUAGUUUCCACUUUCCAGUAGUGUAAAUACUACAUUAUUACACAUUGUAUACUUUCAUAUGGGACCAAUUACCACUGCUGUAUACUGUUAGUGUCGUAUUCUGCCAAGAUAACAAUUCUCACUGUUCACACUCACACCGAGCAUGUUGUACAAUCCUACAGAUUAUAAAUCAGUUCUGGUGGUUCGUACAGUUUCAUCCCAACAUGUUGUUAACCUAUGUAAUAAAAAUAUCACAAGUUUAAGUUCAUCAUUGAAUAAAGUGCAGAGGAUUCAGUGUGUCAAAGUGUUUUAUUUAUGACA